GGCCCACGUGGGUGGAGGUUUCCAGAAGAGCCGCUGCGCAGCCCGCACUCUCCUCCCCGCCUGAGCGUAUCCGGCCCCGCCGCAUCUGUACCAUGCUGAGCGCCAGCCGCACCGCCGCCCGCCUUCACCUGUUGCCCCGCCAGGGCACCGCUCCCGGCCUCGCUCAGGCAGUCUGGAAUACUCUCAGUCAAGAUGUUCUCAGAACAGUAUCAAGUAGGAAGUAUGCCUCAGAAGCAGUCAAAGGUGCUGUUAUUGGUAUUGAUUUGGGCACAACUAACUCCUGUGUGGCAGUUAUGGAAGGAAAACAAGCAAAGGUGCUGGAAAACGCCGAAGGUGCCAGAACUACCCCAUCUGUUGUAGCAUUUACAGCUGAUGGUGAACGAUUGGUUGGGAUGCCAGCUAAACGACAGGCUGUAACUAAUCCACACAAUACAUUCUACGCUACCAAACGUCUCAUUGGACGGCGCUAUGAUGAUUCUGAAGUACAGAAAGAUAUUGUAAAAUUCUUGUUUCAGUAAAAUGUUCCUUUUAAAAUUGUCCGCUCCAACGGUGAUGCCUGGGUAGAGGCGCAUGGGAAGCUGUAUUCUCCAAGCCAAAUUGGUGCCUUUGUAUUAAUGAAGAUGAAGGAGACAGCAGAAAACUACCUGGGACACUCAGCAAAGAAUGCUGUCAUCACUGUCCCUGCUUACUUCAAUGAUUCUCAGAGGCAGGCUACUAAAGAUGCUGGGCAGAUUUCUGGACUCAAUGUUCUAAGGGUGAUCAAUGAACAACUGCUGCUGCCCUGGCUUACGGUUCUAGACAAGUCUGAAGACAAAGUUAUUGCAGUCUAUGACUUGGGUGGUGGCACUUUUGAUAUUUCUAUUUUGGAAAUUCAGAAGGGAGUCUUUGAGGUGAAAUCUACCAAUGGUGACACUUUCUUGGGUGGUGAAGACUUUGACCAGGCCUUGCUGCAGCAUAUUGUCAAGGAAUUCAGGAGAGAGACGGGCAUUGACCUGACUAAAGAUAACAUGGCUCUUCAGAGAGUGAGAGAAGCAUCGGAAAAAGCCAAGUGUGAGCUCUCGUCAUCUGUGCAGACAGACAUUAACUUGCCCUACCUUACUAUGGAUGCUUCUGGACCAAAGCACUUGAACAUGAAGCUAAGUCGUUCCCAGUUUGAGGGGAUUGUAGCAGAUCUGAUCAGGAGGACAUUGGCCCCUUGCCAAAAAGCCAUGCAGGAUGCUGAAGUCAGCAAGAUUGACAUUGGUGAAGUCAUCCUGGUUGGUGGAAUGAGCAGAAUGCCUAAGGUGCAGCAGAGGCAGGAUCUGUUUGGCCGUUCUCCUAGCAAAGCAGUUAAUCCAGAUGAAGCUGUUGCUAUUGGUGCUGCUAUUCAAGGUGGUGUGUUAGCUGGUGAUGUCACCGAUGUGUUGCUGCUGUGACGUGACCCUUUGUCCCUGGGAAUCGAGACGCUGGGAGGUGUCUUCACGAAGCUCAUCAAUAGGAACACGACGAUUCCAAGCAAGAAGAGCCAGGUGUUUUCUACAGCAGCUGAUGGGCAGACUCAAGUGGAGAUUAAAGUAUGCCAGGGCGAGAGAGAGAUGGCUUCUGACAACAAGCUUCUUGGCCAGUUCACUUUGGUUGGAAUUCCUCCAGCUCCACGGGGCGUGCCCCAGAUUGAGGUCACAUUUGACAUUGAUGCUAAUGGAAUUGUUCACGUUUCAGCAAAGGAUAAAGGGACAGGACGUGAACAGCAAAUUGUGAUCCAGUCUUCUGGUGGCCUCAGCAAAGAUGACAUUGAGAACAUGGUGAAGAAUGCAGAGAAAUAUGCAGAAGAAGAUAGGCGAAGAAAGGAACGUGUUGAAGCUGUGAACAUGGCAGAAGGGAUUAUCCAUGAUACAGAAUCUAAGAUGGAGGAGUUUAAGGAUCAGCUGCCAGCAGAUGAGUGCAACAAACUGAGGGAAGAGAUUGCAAAAAUGAGAGAGCUGCUGGCUCGUAAAGAUGCUGAAACGGGAGAAAACAUCAGACAAGCAGCAUCCAGCCUACAGCAGGCGUCCCUCAAACUCUUUGAAAUGGCAUACAAAAAGAUGGCUUCGGAGAGAGAGGGUUCUGGUGGAAGUUCUGGGGACCAGAAGGAAGAGAAACAGUAGAAUGUCACUCUUGUGCAGAGACUGCAGCAGGAAGAAGGUGAAAAUUCUGAAGCUUGGGAGUGAAGGGACCUUCCUGAGCAGAAAUGGGCAGAAUUCAGUCUUACUGUGUUUUUGCAGUAUUCUAUAUAUAAUUUCUUUAAUGUAUAAAUUUAGUGUUGUGUCCACUAGAUGAAUCAUCAUUUCAUGAAAGUUAAUUCAUGCUAGACAAGUUCUAAAUAUCAGCCCUGUGGUAUUUUCAACUGAGCGCCAUGGGGAUUCACUCAUAAUUUACUGCUAACAUUUGACGAAGUGGUAUACUAUAUUUGUUUAAAGGUUCGAAACCAUGUCACAAAUUUUGGGGUGGGAAUGGGAGUCCUGGUGUAUCCUCUUUGUGGAGCCAAGUUCCUGUGAACUGAUUUGUAACCGGUCCUGGGUUCAGCAGUUGCAGGGCCAGCUACGUUGCUAGAGAACAUUAAAUCUGCAGCUAGCUUAGUAUUCUUGUACUGAAGGAGAACGGGUUACUUUAAUUUGUCUGUAACUUGAUUCCUUUUAAAUAAGGCCACAUUGAAGUUAUGUGCAUUGCUUAUCUAAGCUUUCUGCUCCAUAACAUGUCUGUUCUCUGCAUAUGGUAAAACAAUUUCCCUGAUAAUAAAAUUGUUCUUAUUGGAUGUAUUCUGGAUUUUUUUAAAAUAAAAAUGGAAAAGUGUC